AGGAUUAGUCCUGAAAUACUUUAGUAAAGUUUGUCUACUAAUAGUUCAAAUCUAUGGUUCAAAUAGAUAGUAGUAAAAGUGCGUGGAUACAGUUCUCAUAAGAAGCGUUAAAGUGUCCUCCACACCACAUGGUGGCAGUAUAACGCAAGCAAACACAAGAAGCGUACGCGAGUAAACACGGAAUAGAGCGGAGGAGCGUCUUGUUUCGAGGUAUCGGCACGAAAAACCGUCCUAAAAAUGAGUUUUUGUUACUGUUUUUCUUGUUAGUUAUGUGUGUGCGCCUCGCAGCGGCGUGAGUCACAGAGCUGUGCGCGUUUUAUCAGCAACAGAGCGAUAAAUAGUGCUAGCCUGGACGCUUGUAGUCGGGGAGCUAGUUUUUUUUAACUAGUUAGCAUCGAUGAGGGCACCCAGCCUCGCCCUUAGUGCUGCAAACAACACUGACCAGCUGGUACUGAGUUAGUUACCGGGCGGUCUGUGAGAGAAAGAAACCAGCAGAAUGACAGAUGAUGUCCUGCUGGAUGUUCCUGUUAUCCGGCAGCUGUACCACUGGGACUGUGGCUUAGCCUGCUCCAGGAUGGUCCUCAAGUACCUCCACCCUGUCAGCGAUGAUGAGUUUCAGAGGGCGUGCUGGGAACUGAAGCUGACAGAAAGUGUGUGGACUAUCGACCUGGCCUACCUCAUGUGCCAUCUAGGAAUCAAACACUGCUUUUGUACACAGACUCUGGGUGUAGAUAAGGGCUUUAAAAACCAGUCCUUUUACAAGAAGCAUUUUGAUACUGAAGAAAACAGAGUGAAUGAGCUCUUCCUUAAAGCGGAGAGCAAAGGUGUGGGGGUGAAGAAAUGUUCUGUGUCAGUUCAGGAAAUCCAGUCUCAUCUGGAGCAGGGCCACGUUGCCAUAGUGCUGGUCAAUGCUGUGGUGUUGACAUGUGAACUGUGCUCCCAGCCUGUCAAAUACUGCUGCUUCAUGCCCGUGGGUCAGAAGUGUUUCUGCAGGAAGCCGGACUAUCAGGGUCACUUUGUGGUUGUGUGUGGCUUCAACACAACCACUGGCUCCAUCUUCUACAAUAACCCAGCGUAUUCUGACCGGGUGUGCUGCACCAGCGUCAAUAACUUUGAGGAAGCUCGACGCAGCUAUGGGACAGACGAGGAUAUCCUGUUCGUGUUCAAAGAGAGUUGAUGGAUUUGGAUUUUUGUCAUUAUAGGAAUAUCAAAAUGCUGCAGAGUCUAGUGACACCUCCUCCUGUCUGCUGUCACAGAUCCCCCUUUUGCAGGCUUUUUUCCUCCGGUGCCAAAAAGCCUGCUCACAUAUAUACAUGUACUGUAUAUGCCAACACUACUUAACCUUUGAAUGAUUCACCGUGGGAAGAAUUAGGAAUCCAGGAUGGAUCCUUUCAUUUCUGUUUUUGUGAUGAACAGAUAUUUCAGAUUCAUGUUAUUGUCAAUGUGGAAAUUUUUAAUGACUGCAGUUGUACUGGAGUCUCACACUGAGUGUACAGACUUGCACAACUGUGGCAGAACUGUGGGAAACAUAAGCAAGAGUAGAAUUUACCAGGAAAUUGUGUGCACAUAAUUCAGGGCCGAUGUUGAUAAUACUUGGAGUGUUCAUUUCUUUGUUCCACUCAGUGUUAAUGUGAAGCUGCUCAUCCGCCCCUCCCCUCCAGCCUCGCCUCUACCUGCCUUUUAAAAAUCCUCCCGACUCACCGCAUUUUAAUCAGACGAUUCUGUAAACAGGGAAAUACAGGAAGCAAGUCACGAGAGUAUCAGGUAAUUAAUGCUCUAAAUUGUGACUCAAAUGAUGAAGCAAGUUCAAUGCAAUACUCCAUAGAUGUAUGGAACUCAUGGACACUCAGCUCGGACGUGAUGAAACGUGACGUCACCGGAUUCAAUUGCUUCACUGGAAAAGCAGCUCCGCAUGUGUCCUGUGCCUUUGGGGAAUGUGCUGGAUACAUGGAUGCGUUAGGACUAGGAUAAGUCAUUUUGGUUUGUAAAUGAAGACGAAGUCAUUUCCUCAUUGUCACGGAGUUUUAUUUUUAACUUACAUGUUUUUGCACUACACUUUCAUACCAGACACGAUUAUGUUAUUUAAAUUAUAUUGCUUUUCCGAAUCAAGGAAAAGUGGGUCGUGUCUGGUUGUGCUUCUGGGUGAAAACCACAAGCUUUAUUUUUUUAUUCAGUAUAGAUAGCACUUUUAUUAUAUGUUGUGAUUAAAACAUUUGAACAGCC